AUGCCGGACUUGGCGGCGGCGACGGCGGCGGACUCGGUGACGGUGGUGGCGGCGGCGACGGCGGCGGACUCGGCGGCGGCGGCGAUGGCGGCGGCGGCAGCGGCGGCGGUGGCGACGGAGGAGACGGCGGCGGUAGCGGCGGCGGACUCGGCGGCGGCGGCGACGGCGGACUCGGCGGCGGCGACGGAGGAGAUGGGGGAGGAGACGGCGGUGGCGACGGCGGCGGACUCGGCGGCGGCGGCGAUGGAGGAGACGGCGGCGGCAAAGGCGGCGGACUCGGCGGCGGCGGCGACGGAGGAGACGGCGGCGGCAAAGGCGGCGGACUCGGCGGCGGACUCGGCGGUGGUGGCGACGGAGGAGAUGGAGGAGGACUCGGCGGUGGACUCGGCGGUGGAGACGGCGGCGGACUCGGUGGUGGACUCGGUGGUGGACUCGGCGGCGGAGACGGCUCUUGCGCGUUUGCCAACAAGAAGAAUCCUUUUCCUCCUUUAA